AUGGGAGCCUACAAGUAUAUGGAAGAGAUCUACCGCCACAAGCAAUCGGAUGCCCUCCGAUUCUUGUCUCGUGUGCGCGCUUGGGAAUACCGCCAACGCCCCAACAUCUUGACUUGCAACCGCCCAACAAGAACCGAUAAGGCCCACCGUCUCGGAUACAAGGCCAAGCAAGGAUUUGUUAUUGUCCGUGCCGGUGUCCGCCGUGGAGGACGCAAGCGUCAAAAUCACCGUGGUAUGGUUUUCGGUAAGCCAAAGCACCAAGGUAUCAACCAAUUGAAGUUCGAGCGCAACCUCCAAUCUGUUGCUGAGGAAAAGGCCGGACGCCGAUACUCCAACUUGCGAGUCUUGAACUCUUACUGGGUCAAUCAAGACGCCACCAUGAAGUACUAUGAAAUCAUCAUGGUCGAUCCUAACCACCAAAAGAUCCGCAACGAUCCUCGUAUCAACUGGAUCGUCAACUCUGUCCACAAGCAUCGCGAGAUGCGUGGACUUACCAGCGCCGGACGCAAGGGACGUGGUCUUCGCAAGAGUGGACACCGUGCCAAUGGUAUUAUUGGUGGUUCUUACCGUGCUGCCUGGCUCAGACGUAACACCAUGAAGCUUAAGCGUUACCGUUAG